CAACUUACACUAGUGCAAGCUCCAUUGUGGAAACUAUUUAGCAUAACUUAAUUUCAUUAAUUAAGCCUCAGCCUAACCAAACUAAAUUGUUUUUUUCACUGGAAUUAUGUUCAGAGUUUGAUAAAUGUAUUAACAAUGUAUGCAUUUUCAGUGGUCCUAUAAAAUAGGAGUAGAAUAGAAAAGAAAAGAAUAUUUCAGUUGUAAGAGUCCUACAGUAAUAAUUUAGUUCAACUGCCUGAUCACUUCAGGACUGACCAAAAGUUAAAGCACGUUAUUAAAGUAAAAUGCCUCUUCACCACUUAGAGGCUUGAGGCAUGAACUGCCUCUCUAGGAAGCCUGUUCCAGUGUUUGACCACCCUGCAGGUAAAGAAAGGUCUCUUAAUGUCCAGUGUAAACCUCCCCAGAACUGCUUUGAAAUAGUAUUUUCUCACUAAUACAGAAACUUGUGUGGUUCUUGAAGUUUCUAAGUAACUGCUAAUUUUCUUACUGGCUAUAAAAACUAACUCUCUAUGUAUUGAAUACCAAUUAAAAGUUGAUUACUGCAUAUUUUAGAAGAUCAGUGUGGAACCUUGUCUUAACAAAGAUCCAUAGCAAAAAAUAUAUUAUGAGCUUCAACUUACCUAAGCACAGUACUGAGAGUAAAACAUGAUGACCAUUACCAGAAAAGUUAUUUGAAAGAAGCUGGUGUAGCUACAUUGCUGGAUACAGCUUUAGCUCUUUGCUUUCAGCUCUUUCAACUGCAUUACUUUCUCUGGCAGCUGUGCACUUCUCUUUUCCAAACUUGCAUUGCUAGAUAAAGUUUUAUUCACUGAUUUCUGCCAGACAGGAACAAAGCACAGUUUCUUUCAAAUAUUAAGUUGUCUGUGAAAUUCCAGACUGGGAUUGGCUGGAGAGGCUGCAGAAUGCAUUUUAGUCCUGUACAUAUAUUUGUAUUUGAUAGCUGACAAGACCACUUUGACAGCCUUUCUUGGGAGUAUAUGGCUAUUAUUCAGUAUUUCUCAUUAUCUUGUGUUGAUGCUUCGUAUCAGAUUUUGUUAUACUCUGUUUACACUUAUGCUUUUAGAAAUUCUCAUUUGGGGUGGCACCUCAAUUUGUGUCAAGUUCUCUCAAACAGGGUGAGUGAAUUAAAUAAGAAAGUCCAAGUUUGGCUCCAAAAGAAAAAUAAAGAGUUCUACCAUUUGUAUAUUGAUGAUUCAAAAUGUCUGAGCUUAACAUUCAAGUGCUGUGUGCCUUAGCCUCAGUGAAGGACACUUACUUAAUCAUUAUGAAUGGAAUACAAUACAAAUGAAAUAAAUGUAGUAUCAGAGAUUAAAAUAGACCUUGCACAUAUGUGUAGUAAAAGUAUUCUUGGGGCCUUUAAUUCUGUAAUGUCCUUGGCUCAGAUUUCUACAGUCAUGGCACGCCUAACGAAGAGACGACAGGCAGAUACAAAGGCUAUCCAGCAUCUUUGGGCAGCUAUAGAAAUAAUCCGGAACCAGAAGCAAAUUGCUAACAUUGACCGUAUUACAAAGUAUAUGUCUCGAGUCCAUGGUAUGCAUCCAAAAGAAACCACACGUCAGCUGAGCUUAGCAGUCAAGGAUGGUCUCAUUGUGGAAACCCUGACUGUGGGGUGUAAAGGGUCAAAAGCUGGUAUUGAACAAGAAGGAUAUUGGUUGCCAGGAGAUGAGAUUGCCUACGGUAUGCAGCCUUUUUCCCAGACAGCAGCAAAAAACAAGGACUGGGAAACAGAAAAUCAUGACUGGUAUUGUUUUGAAUGCCAUUUGCCUGGAGAGGUGUUGAUAUGUGACCUGUGUUUUCGUGUGUAUCAUUCCAAGUGUUUGUCUGAUGAGUUCAGGCUUAGAGACAGCAGUAGUCACUGGCAGUGCCCAGUUUGCAGGAGUAUCAAGAAGAAAAACACGAGUAAACAAGAGAUGAGCACAUACCUGCGAUUCAUAGUGUCUCGUAUGAAGGAGCGGGCUAUAGAUCUAAACAAGAAAGGGAAGGACAACAAACACCCAAUGUAUCGAAGGCUGGUGCACUCAGCUGUUGAUGUUCCUACUAUACAGGAGAAAGUAAAUGAAGGAAAGUACAGGAGUUAUGAGGAAUUCAAAGCAGAUGCUCAACUGCUUCUACACAACACAGUGAUUUUCUAUGGAGCGGACAGUGAACAAGCUGAUAUAGCAAGGAUGCUUUAUAAAGACACCUGCCAUGAACUGGAUGAACUGCAGCUUUGCAAGAACUGUUUCUAUUUGUCAAACGCACGACCUGACAAUUGGUUCUGCUACCCUUGUAUACCUAAUCAUGAAUUGGUUUGGGCCAAAAUGAAAGGCUUUGGGUUUUGGCCAGCCAAAGUCAUGCAGAAAGAGGACAAUCAAGUUGAUGUUCGCUUUUUUGGCCAUCACCACCAAAGGGCCUGGAUCCCCUCUGAAAACAUUCAAGACAUCACAGUUAACAUCCACCGGCUGCACGUGAAACGCAGCAUGGGAUGGAAGAAAGCCUGUGAUGAACUGGAACUGCACCAGCGUUUUCUCCGUGAGGGGAGAUUCUGGAAAUCAAAGAAUGAGGACAAAGGGGAAGAGGAGGCAGAGUCGAGCAUCUCUUCCACUAGCAAUGAGCAACUGAAGGUUACUCAGGAACCAAGAGCAAAGAAAGGACGACGUAACCAGAGUAUGGAGCUCAAGAAAGAAGAGCCAGAACCUGAAACUGAAGCAGUAAGUUCAAGCCAGGAAAUUCCCACAAUGCCUCAGCCCAUUGAAAAAGUUUCAGUCUCAACUCAGACCAAGAAGUUAAGUGCCUCUUCUCCAAAAAUGGUGCAUCGGAGCACCCAGACCAGUAAUGAUGGAGUGUGUCAGAACAUGUGCCAUGACAAAUACACCAAAAUCUUUAAUGAUUUCAAGGACAGGAUGAAAGCUGAUCACAAAAGAGAAACGGAGAGAGUUGUGCGAGAGGCAGUGGAAAAGCUGCGUACAGAGAUGGAAGAGGAGAAAAGGCAGGCUGUAAAUAAAGCUGUGGCCAAUGCACAAGGAGAGAUGGACAGAAAAUGUAAGCAGGUAAAGGAGAAGUGCAAAGAAGAAUUUUUAGAAGAAAUUAAGAAACUAGCAGGUCAGCACAAGCAACUGAUUUCCCAGACCAAGAAGAAGCAGUGGUGCUACAACUGUGAAGAGGAGGCCAUGUACCACUGCUGCUGGAACACUUCCUACUGCUCCAUCAAGUGUCAGCAGGAGCACUGGCAUGCCGAACACAAACGUACCUGCCGCAGGAAAAGAUGAAAGAGUUACUCCUCCCCUAGAGCACCACCCCAAUGAUUGCUAUUCUCAGACAGAGCGGUUUUUGUUUCCAAAAAAAAAAAAAAAUAAAUAAAUAAAAGCCAAAAUUGUUUAGAAUUUGCUUCCCAUUUUGCACCAGCCUUUAAACACUUUUCGUAAAAGGAAUUUUGCACAGUUAUUUCAGUCUUCUGUUAAAAAUGCUCCUCCAAAAUUUUGUCGGCAAAACGAAUUGAACAUCUGUGGGAGCAGGUUACUUCAAGUAAUUUUAAACUAGAGGAUUUGUUGCAUUUUCAGCAAAUUUUAAGACAUUUUUAGGUUUUACAGAGAUUUUAAUCUUUAAAAAACAGCAGAUCUAAAAACAAAAAAAUGAUGCAAGUUUAACAAAAGGAACAUUGAAAAACAAGUUCUGAAUGUAAGAAGUACAGAACUGUUUCAGAAAAACGAAGCAUACUACCUUGAUGUAACAUUUAUUUCUUAACCUUGUUGAGCUGGUUUUGUUCAGCUUAAUUUUACUGUUUAAAGGCAUUAUCUAUUGGUUAUACCAGUGGGUACAUGAUUGAAUUUAGGGAACAGGGUUGACACAGCAGGUGCUAGUCCUGCGUAUUUUUUCUUAAAUAUUUCCCAACUGUGUUUUAUUUUCAUUAUUUCUUUUCAAUAUAUAACUUUUAUAACAAAAUAUUAGCUUUGAUCUUGUAGUUUAAAAUCAUAGGGAACUGGGGUAAUCUUUUACUGAGCUGGAUCUUAGAGAAAAAUGAAUAUUUAAAUUUUGAAGUUUGCACAUUUCGUCUUUGUUCUAACAUGAGUGCUUAUAACAAGAAUACGAAAAGCCAAAAAAAAAAACCCAAAAAAACAAACCCAUACAAACAAAAACACCCAACUACCUUUAUUCAUACUCGGAAUUUUGAGGCAUACAAGUUACUUUAUUGCGCCCCCCCCUUCAAUGUCAUUUGACCACCUCUGAUCUGGUGUCACCUGGUCCAUUGUAACUGAUAAUAAAAGGAGAAAAAGCACUUAAGUUUCACAGAAGCCGUUAUGUUUGUAGUAAUGGGUCAUUGCCUAAUAAUGAGCUCCAUCACUGUACUCAGAAUGAAGAAUAAUGCAUGUUAAUUUUCUUGUAUUAAAGAUGCCGUGAUUUGUAAAAAGUCUGUAUUUUGCGGAAUGUCUGGAUUAAGAAGCAUUGCCAAUAGGAAUGGAUCGAUAGUUGAAAAAUUAUUUUCUUUUUGUUUGUUUUAUAUAUAGAUAUAUAAAUUGCAUCCAUGUUCAGAGACAAUUUUUUAAAUAGAUGUAAAGCUUACUUAAAUAGCUUUUCUUUUAAAGUGUCUCCAUAUUUUAGUUUCUUUCAAGGAUUGGUCUUAGACUGAGUCAUAUGCCCAUUAAUCAUCCAGCUAUUUUUUGAGAAGUUAGAGGAAUAAUUUGUAAAUAUUUAUUUAGAUCUUUGAUAUUUAUUGAAAGCAAUUACAUGAUGGAACGAUGGAAGCUGAAGAACCAGGAGGAAAGCCUUUUAAAAAGUUUUCUCUAGGAUUUGUCAGGGUCAUUGUAAAGACAAAAAUAUAACUAAGACUUCUGUGAACUACCACUGAAAUCCUGACCUUUUUUACUUACAGUGGUGAUAUAAGUUAAUUGACUAGAUACCGCCAAAUAAUGCCCAAUAUGUUGCAGAAAUUAAGUGGUAAGUUGAUUGGAAAAAAUAGUAAGUAGAUGGUAACUUGUAUUACCACAGCUACAUUAUUGCCUGAUAAAUGUGUAAUUAACUUUUGUCGCCUCUGUGUUGUGACUGUAAAACACUUCACAACAAAAAAUCAAUCUUGUUUGAUUACUUUACGAGUUCCAAAACUUCGAUCCACCCCUAUGAAAGCAAGUAUUGUGGAAAUAUUUUUGGUGUAAAAUCAUUCCAGAAUAUGUAAUAUUUAACUGAUAGCUGCAUGAAAGUAAGAUUCGUGUUACUUUGGCUUUUUUGUCUCUGUUGACACGGUUGCACAUUUCCAAGUUACUACAGCGUGAAAACUGUGUGUUUUAAAGAAAAAAAACAAAACAAAAAAAAAAAAGAUUGUGGCCUGGUUUUGUAUAAGUUUUAGGUAAAAUUACAAUUGAUUGUUUUAGGAGCCAUGAUUUAAAAUUAAUUUUUCUGCAAAUCAUAAAGCUAUAUUAAAGUGUUGAGCUUAGCCACUAUGCACAUUGUAAUUAUUCAUUGUGGCUGUCCAGUUUAUGAUGCAUUCUGGCAUUUUGUAAGCUGCUCUGACUAGCAAUAUAUAGAGUCAUUUAAUGUGUUAACAUUGGUUAAUAAAUGUAUUUAAAAAAAAACCUCA